AUGUCCGCCUGCAUUCCUUUCGAAAUCCAAGGGGAAAUCAUGAAAAAGUUUCCAGUCAAAUCACUGAUCAGGUUCAGAUCGGUUUCAAAACCAUGGAAGUCUUUGAUCAAUAGCUCGGAAUUUAUCACUGAUCACAGCAUCAACCAGACUCAACCGCAUCAUCUACUGAUAAAGUACACAGCAUAUUCUAAGGACAGAUAUGUUUCGAUUGUUGAUGAUGACAGUUCCCGGCAUCACAAGUUUUCUCCUGCGGUUCCCUCUACUGUUAAGCCACUUUGGCAUCCAUCUGUGCUCGGUUGCUCUCACGGAUUGGUGAGUUUGCUCGUGCGUUCGAAGGGAUUGAUUGUUUUUUGGAAUCCAUCAAUUAGGAAAUCUGUUGAUAUAGUAUUGCCAGACGGAAACUAUGCUUUUGUUUUCGGGGUUUGUCCUAAAACUAUUGACCCUAAGAUAGUUAAAUUUUCACCUACCAAUGAGGCAGAAGUUUUUACAUUAAGUUCUGGCGCUUGGAGAAGCAUAUCAAUGAAUCUGCGUCCGCCUCAUGAAUCAUUGCGAUUUAGGGCCGGUAAUACGGUAGUUAUAGAUGGGGUUAUUCAUCGGAUUAAUUAUGAUUAUGAAUUUGAAUGUCAUCAUAGGAUCAUUACAUAUGAUUUGACAAGUGAUGAAUUUGAAGAAGUAGAUCUUCCGGAUGGUUUACAAAGCCGUAAAAAUCUGGAUAUAUCUAAGCUCAAGGAGUCUGUUGUUGUGCUUGAAUACUACUAUGCAAUGGAACAAGUUUGUGACAUAUGGAUGAUGCGGAAAAAUGGUGUUCAACAAUCCUCGUUUACAAAGCUAUUUAGUGUUAACGUUGUGCUUCAUAGUAUAAUUGGAUUUAGGAAGAACGGCCAACUGAUACUUGGAGGUGGUGGUGAACUUAAAGUUUAUGAACCCGGCUCAGAACACAUGAAUAGUCUUGGGAUUUAUGGUUGGCACUUCAAGGUGGCCUCCUACACAGAGUCCCUACUUCUGCUUAAUCACCCUGCAGUGACGAAGACGACGUAA